CUUUGAACUGCCACAGAAUACUCAGAAUGAAUCGCUUGAUUAGCGCAAGUCGUGUGCGAUAAUAUACUGAUUCCGACACAUUUUCAAGUUUGGUUGACGACUCAAACUGAUGAAGGUUAAAACUUAAUCGUACUCUGUACGCAUGCGCUGUGAACCUCCGGUUUUUUUUUAUCCAGCUUCAGGAGAUAUGCUGCCUUGGUUGAAAAUCGGCAGCUGCUGCAAGGAAGCGAGCUGGAGCUGAGGCGCAGGCAAAGUGCAAUAUGUGAGCGAUUCAGACGAACUAAACACAGCGACAGUCCGAGCUCACAGUCGAUUGUAGUAAGGUUAAAUCGGAAUCCAUGAAGUAAUUUCUCCUUGAUUUGUAGACCAGAUCGUUUAUGUUGAAGACGCUUACCUCCGUGUGUUUUGGAUGAUCUCCCACAGCCAGGUCCACGUAUUGAGAUGAGCUAUUUCUGUGAUGGCGAAGGGUCUGUUUCCUCGGGCCUGGGUGAAAAAGUCUUUCUACUUCCAGGCUCGGAUCUCAUACGUGCGGGUGAAGUACUUGUUUCUCACAUGGCUGACUGUGCUGGUCGGGAGCUGGGUGAUCUAUGUGCAAUACUCCACCUACACAGAGCUGUGCAGAGGACACGAGUGCAGGAAUGCCAUUUGUGAUAAAUACAGGAGGGGAAUCAUCGAUGGCUCUGCCUGCAGCAGUCUGUGUGACAAACAAACACUUUACCUUGGCAGGUGUCUCUCCACUCUGCCUAACAACCAGGUUUACACAGGAAGCUGGGGAGACCGUGAUGGUGUCAUCCGCUGUAAGUUGGGGGAGGUUGUGCACUAUGAGCUGGGCGAAGAGCCGGAGCCGCGAAGGGAAGCCCCCGUGUUUGACAAACCAACCAGAGGAACAUCAGUGGAGAAGUUCAGAGAGAUGGUCUUUAAUCACCUCAAGUCCAAGCUCGGAGAGCAGGCUAGCCUUGCCACCCUCGUCAGCCAGAUCCUCUCUGUCGCCGAUGGCAACAAAGAUGGGCGAGUGUCACUGCCAGAAGCCCGCUCUACUUGGGCCCUCCUGCAAAUGCAUGAGGUGCUGCUGGGUCUGCUGCUCCAGGACCGUGGACACACUCCUCGUUUCCUUGGUUACUGUGGGGACUUGUACAUGACAGAGCGAGUCCACUACGGUCCCCUGUAUGGUCUGUCUCUGCCCUGGCCACUGGUAUCAUGGGUGCCCAGUGGCGUACAGCGCACAAUGGACCAGUGGUUCACCCCUUCGUGGCCUCGUAAAGCUAAGAUCUCCAUGGGGCUGCUUGAGCUGGUGGAGGACAUCUUCCACGGCACGUACGGCAGCUUCCUGAUCUGCGACCUCACAGCGGCUCACUUUGGUUACACCGACCGCCACGAGCUCCGUCUGACCAACACCCGGACAGUGGUCUCUGAGGAUGAGUUCAAGCGGUCCAUGCGGGGGUUGAGAUGCGAGUCGGAUGCCGACUGUGUGUAUGGGGUGGACUGCCAGACGUCAUGUGAUGUUGAAAAGAAACGGUGCAAGGAGGAGCCGCUUCAGCCGAACUUGGCGAAGGCGUGCGGUACACUGAAGGAUUACCUCCUGCGGGGGGCACCGUCGGGACUGAGGGAGGAGCUGGAGAGGCAGCUGUACGCCUGCAUGGCUCUGAAGGGGAAUGCUGGACAGAUGAACAUGGAGCACUCGCUCAUUCUCAACAACCUGAAAGCUCUGCUGUGGAGACAGAUCUCCCACACGAAGGACUCAUGACGAGAACAUGACGGUCCGUCCGCAUCAGGCCAGUCACUUCUGCAUGCAGAGCCGAGGAUUCAAGAUGCUGUGAUUUAAAUGAAGUAAUUUUUAUCAACUCUGAACACUUACGUCAGCCUGAAGGAGAAAUUAUACCUCCUGUUUUCUGAAGUUUGAGGCCUGAAGACCACAAUAAUAUUUUUAAAUGUUUGACUGAAGAAAACUGAAGGAUUGCAUGUUGCCACCAGUCGUGCUUAAAACAGGCAACCACAUUUUUUUGUAUUUUAUUCACCACAGAGGAAUGUUAGAAGAACACUGCUGGGGGAAAUAUUCCAUUUAUCGAGAGUUUUUUUUAUGUUUUUAGUCUCAAAAGCUGCUUUUUGGCACAAAGUGCUGAUGGGCUUGAAGUUAAAGAGAGCUUUGUCUUCUUUUCCAGAGGUCAUGGAUUUAAAAUUGAUAUCAUUGUGAUAUUCUGUUUCUUUUUCUCAAUUGCAAAUCCAAUGAAAUAUAAAAACAGCGGUUUGUUAAUUAAGCUCAGUUCCUCUGAGUGCUUUUAGUGUUCCUCAGAGGGUCAUAUUCCCUUUAAGAUAUGAGCAUUUGAACAACUUGUUUAUCUUGGUUUUUAUGAAGUCAUGUGUUUUUGGAAACUGAGCCCAAAAUUAGCCAAUUUAUCUAAAGCUGGACAGACUGAAAAAUGCUUAAGAUAAAGUUAUAGCAGUAUUACUGCUAAAAACCUGAAUUUUCAGACACAAAUGCAUGACUAAAGGACCAGAACACAUACAGGUGUGUCUCAAAAAAUUUGAAUACCAAGUCAAAUAUAAUUUUUCCUGUGAUUUACUUCAGAAAGUAACUUUCCAUACAUUCAAGAUUCAUGAUUACAGCUCACAAAAAACAGUCUCAAAAUAUUAGAAUAAUGUGGAAAAGUCCAAUUUGCAAUGGUUUCCUGAGCCUCAUCUGCUCACUUUGGUUCAGUACACACAACCACAAUCAAGGGGAAGACGGCUGAGUUGACUGUUGUCCAGAAGACAAUCAUUGACACCCUUCACAAGGAGCAUAAGCCACAGAAGGUCUCUGCAGAAAGGGCAGGCUGUUUUCAGAGUGGUCUAUUAAAGCAUAUACAUGAAAGGUUGACUAGAAGAUAAAGUGUGGUGAGUAAAGGUUAACAAGUAACAGGGAUGAGCUCAGCCUUCAGAGAAGCCAAGCACAGAUGACAUUAGCCUGGGCUAAGCAGAAACAGAACUGGACUGUUGCUCAGUGGUUCAUAAUCCUAUAUCCAGAUGAAAGUGAAUAUUUAAUUUCAUUUGGAAACCAGAAAAGCACUCACAGAGCACAGACCUCCGCCAUUAGCCCUAUCUCCCAUUAGUAAAGAAUCCUUUAAGAAAUUCCUGGAUCCGUCCCCAUGUGCCCCCCACCACAGCAUUCACUGAUUACUGUCUCCCCAGUGGGGUGGAAAUAUAGUGAGACAAAGCAUUGGCAUUGUUACGGGUGGAUUGUUAUGGUGGAAGUAGUGCCUGCUGGUGCCAACAAAUGCACUGACAGUCUCACCCAUGGUCUCACUGGACGACUGGAAGUCAUGGCAGAGGGUGAAUAUUCCUCUAUUCCUCCCAGCAUUGUGAGUAUUCUCACUACAAUUCACUGUCUUUCUCUCUAUUACGCUCCGACUCGUCUCCUCGACCGGGCAUGCGCAUCUCAAACUCUAUAAACUCCACAACUUUGUAUGGAAACUGUCAAAAUGCUGCUGAGAUUGAAGUUACUCAUGUCUGCCAUCUCCUGGUGUAAAGUGGUAACAGCGCAGAGCUCCGCCAUCAGCCCUAUCUUCCAAUAGUACAGAAUCCUUUAAAAAAUUCCUGGAUCCAGACAGUGA